AUGGCCCAGGUGCGGGAUUUAAUUCCUAUGCUGUUCUCCGUACUCCAGCAGCAACCGGCGGCAGUGGGCGUGGUGAUCCGUGGUUGCCGAGACGGCGAGACCAGCGGCUGCAGCCGCGUGGUUCCACUCCUCGCCGUCGUGACUGGGGUUCCAGGGGACGAGGGACCACCGGAGGUCCCCAAGUCGAAGGGGAUAGCAGCCACGGCAUCUCAGCCAUCUACACCAGCAUUCACAGCCCUGGCAGCACCCACAACCAACACCUUCGACACUGGACUCGACGUCAACAUCAAUAGCGUACAGGAGGUGUUUGAUGGAAUACCCAUGAGGUUUCAAGUUUUAAUAACAGUUUGGUGUACUAUUGAUCGGCAGAGCCCUCCAUGUCCAGAUUGGGGCCACGGCGCUCCUAUCGCCGGCAGCAGCAGCGCCCUCCAUGGUCACCUCGGCAUCUUCGGCAACGGCGGCGGCGGUCGAGCACGAGGUGCAGGGGAGGUACGGCGGCCUUCCAUGGCCACCUCUGGGGCUACGGCGGCCCUCCACGGUAACCUCUGCAGCGGCAGCGCCCUCCAUGGCCAGAUUGGGGCUGCGGCGCUCCUAUCGCCGGCAGCAGCAGCGCCCUCCAUGGCCCGAUUGGGGGCGGCGGUGGCGUCCUCCAUGGUCACCUCGGCAUCUUUGAGAAGCGGCGGCGGCGGUCGAGCACGAGGUGCAGGGGAGGUGCGGCGGCCUUCCAUGGCCACCUUUGGGGCUGCGGCGGCCCUCCACGGCAACCUCUGCAGCGGCAGCGCCCUCCAUGGCAGAUUAGUCACAUGGCGCUCCUAUCGCCCGGCGGAAGCUUAG